UGCGAGAAAAUGCUUGGAAGAAAUAUCGCUGAAAAGUAUUUUAGAAGUAGGGUCAAGCGGUAGGGGAAAACGCUGUUUUUUUCUCACAUUUUUAAGACACUACAUUCUCUGUAGACACUGGACUGUAUAGCAGAAUAUAGUGCACUAAGGUGCUACUCCCACAGAAGGCAGCAAUGCAACUUUUUGGAUGCUGGCUGCCGUAAAACCCCAAAGAAGAAGAAGAAGAAGACUUCGCGGGGAGGGGGCCUUUUAUUUUGAAACUACCUCAUGCCUCAUAGCUUUUCACUUAGCGCUGUUCGCAGUUCAGCCUGGUGUUGUUGCACACUUUCAACAUGAGAGAGAAAUUAACGGGCAUCUGGGCUUGCAGCGAUCCUCAGCUGUGCUGGUUACUGCAAUGAAUGGUAACACUAUCCAUCAGACACUGCCGACGACGACCGCUGUGCACACCUGUGGCUGGAGGGAGUUCUGCGAGUUGCAUGCCAGCGCCACGGCCCGGGAGCUCGCCAAGCACUACCGGCGCUUUGCCAGCGAGUGCCCGGAGCAGGAUGUGGUCCCGCCGGACAGCUUCUCGCGGCAGUUCAGCGACGCCUUCCAGCAGCACUUCGGCCUCGAGGUCGCCAAGCAGAGCCCCACGCCGCCGCAAAGUCCCGAGCCGCCGGCCCUCCCUCCUCUGCCGCCAUCGCCCCGCCUGUCGGCCAUGACCGGCCGCCUCCGCAUCACCUCCUUCUCGGGCGCGCUGGACUACCGGGAGGCGGGGCGCCCCGGGGGCAUGGGCGGUGUCGGGCCGGGGGGCGGCGGCGGCGGCGGCGGCCUGGUGGCGGUGCUGAGCCCCAAGCCGGAGCCAGAGUGGCUGGGCGUGGCGCUGCAGCUGGAGCAGCCGCUGACGCGGUCCUGCGCGCCGGCCGACACUACGGGCAGCACGGCGGCGCGCACCCCGCGCAGGCACAGCCUCGGCCAGGAGUCGGCGGAGCGCCGGGCCGCCUCCGAACGGUACGCCCCGCCUCCUCGCCACGCCCCCGCCUCGGACGUCAUGCACUUUUCCAGUCAGCUCCGCCAGAGCGUGCGGCGGAUCUUUAAAAAGCGGCCCCAGCCGGCCCCGGACGAACCCGCCGCUGCCCCCUCCUCCUCCGAGGACUCGGGGGACACUUCGAACAGACCGGUGGGCAUCUCUCCGAUGUCCGCCGAUUGCCCCCUGACACCUCCGGCCGCGCACAACCUCAUGCCACAAGUGGCCCCCUCGGUGGCGACCACGCACACCUCGACCUCGACGGCGUUCCUGUGGGGGCUGGCCAGCAAGCUGCGGGGGCCCAGUGUGCGGAAGCGAGCUGAGGUCAGGAGCACGUGCAAAGAGGGGCAGCUGAGGUACCUGCUGGUGAACGACACUAUCUCAGACUCGCAGCCGCGCUGGCAGCGCUGCCGCCUACUGGUGAGGAGGACCAACGAGCGCCCCGCUCCAGAGAUAUACCAGCUGGAACUCUACGACCCUCCCAAGCCUGAGCUGUGGUUCACCGUCUCUAGUCCGUCCGACAGUGUGGAUUUGCAGCUGCUAUCUCCCUCUCUGGGAGACUCCAGUACAGGAAUCAGAAGAGAGAGCUCCGAGUCGACCAGCCAGGGCUCACCAUCCUUCUCGCCACCAGAGCGGGUGUACCAUAAGACGCAUCACUUCCUGUCAUCGUACCCCUGGUUCCACGGGCCCAUCUCGCGGGUGAAGGCGGCCCACCUGGUGCAGAGCUCGGGGCUGGAAGGCCACGGCGUCUUCCUGGUGCGCCAGAGUGAGACGCGGCGCGGGGACUACGUCCUCACCUUCAACUACCAGAGCAAGGCCAAGCACCUGCGCCUGUCGCUGACGGAGUGGGGUCAGUGUCGCGUGCAGCAUCUGCGCUUCCCCUCCGUCAUGGACAUGCUCAGUCACUUCCGCCUCUACCCCAUCCCUCUGGAGUGUGGGGCCGCCUGCGACGUCACGCUGUCCAGCUACGUAGUGGCCAGUGCCACCUCAGCAGGUCAGAACUCCCCGGCCGUGCUGGUGCCCUUCUCCCUGCACCGCUGGAGCUCAGAGCCCAGCCUGGCGCUCUGCACGCCGCCCAGCCGCUCCUGCCUCUCCCCCUCGGCCAACUCCCUCUCCCCCACGUCCGGCCUGGCUCCGUCGGGGACGUCCCCGCACCACCACCACCACCAGCACCAGCAGCACCAGCACCCCUCGCUCCCGCAGCGGCCCCCGGCCCUCCCCGACCGGCCAGCCCCGCCACCCCUCCGGCGGAGCGAGUCGGUGGGCCGGCGGCCGAUGCUCCAGCGCCACCCCAACCCCCUGCCCCCCCUGCUGCCCCAGCGGGACUCGGACUACGAACUGGAGCCCCCGAGCAGGAGCCACAAGCGGGCCAUCGACAACCAGUACAUGUUCCUUUGAGGGCGAAACCGUGGAAAGGCAUUCACAGCACGUCGAGUUCGUUCUCACCCCCCACCCACCACAUACAUCAAAGCCACACCAUCUACACCCUAGCACGAGUAGAGUGGAGUUGAAAGAGAGAAGGUGGGGGUGUUGCGGUGGUGGCAAAAAGGCCAAGGCACAUUGCCCCUUGGCCCCGUAACAGGAUGUCUCUGGUGAGGCAUCAACACACAGUACCACAGACAAAGGGGGAUGCAAGGGACCCCUCGACGGUCAGUUCCCCUCCCAACUGACGGGGAGCUACUGAGCGUGGAGCGGGCGCCAUGAGACUUGAGCAGCGCACCACACUGUUGUGGCGUAGGCUCUGUUGACACACAAAAGUAGAUGCACACCAUUGGUGUGUGUGUGUGUGUGUGUGUGUGUGUGUGUGUUUUUGAGUGCAUACACAUGUGUUUGUGUGCGAUGUGUAUGCAGUGUUUGAGUGAGCGAUUCCCAGACUUGACUCAGGAUUCCACCUGCGUCUCAUAUUGACAUUUGCGUGUCCUCCAUGAAUGUAUUUCUUUUUUUUUUUUUUUUACUAUUGCAGUCGAUCUUUGCCAAUGCUAUAAUUUCACUGCAAGACAGCAAGGGAUGUGCUUGCAUUCUGAGGACGUGGAAAUAGAGUGAGGCCUCGAGGCCUGACACAGAUGAGAGUCCCACAGUCUUCAAUAAUCCAACUCCUCCGACACACACACACACACACACACACACACACACACACACACACACACACACACACACACACACACAAGUGCAUACCAAAAAAAAAAUAGAGGCAUACUCUUUUUGAAGUUCAUUCAAGCAAUAACAGAAUAUGUCAUUAGCAUGGGUCAGUUCAGGGAUUAUUAUAUCUGCAAAUGAUUAUUGCAAGAUGGCACAGCUAAUAGCAAUAAGCAUUAAUAUCCAAACAAGCAGGAACAGUAUGGGCCUGUAGCACCACCUAGAGGUGCGCUCAUGCUUCCCAAUUUCAGGCUCUCCAGGGUAAUCAAAACCUGUCAGCUUUGAACAAUUAUACACCAUUAUACCCAUUAAAAUUGAUGUAUAUUUGAAAUAUUUAGAUGGUUUACGUGUUAGAGUAUUGAACAAAUGCCGUCACAUCCAGACUCCAUAGUUCAUGUAAGCUACUGUUUUGGUUUAUUGUUGAUUUUAAACAUUCUUCUUUCGUAUAACCUAACCAAAAUGUUGCUUCAGUGUUCAAGCACUAGUUGUCUUCCAUUCUCAUAUUAACAGUAAAUGUCUGUCUGUCUGUCGCUUAACACUAACAUAGCUGAGAAAUGUACAAAAAAAUCCAUACACAUCACGGCCAACAAAUAUUGUGCCAAUGUCAAAGUUUUGUUAAAAUGUUUCUGUUUUAAAUAUCAGAACGUUUCGAAGAAAUAGUUCACACAGACGAGCGCAGUUAAUGCCUUAACAAGAUUGACUCUUAUUAUUGGUUGGGCCCAUCCAGUAGGAAGAAAGCCAACGUGCCUCGUCACUUUUCACUUCCCUCCGUCUGGUAUUAUGACCCAUGGGUUUUUUUCAUGCACAGUGAUCUUCUGCCAUAGUUGGCUCCAAAUCUGAUUAAGCUGUUGUAGAUCAAAUACCUUAAGCAGAAUGCUUUUUAUUGACUCUUAAAUCUGCCAUAAUAAACUACGCACACACCCGCACAGCCAAAAGCACGUAAGUGGCAUUCCUCCCCAUCUCUUGCUGUUAAGAGAGCUUGUGUCUUGUGCACACACA